CCCUAAAAAAUCCGAUAUCUGAGACCAGAUAGACCCAUCGCACUCAUCGCAGUGAAAUCCCUCUCUCUCUCUCUCUCUCUCUCUCUCUCUCUCUCUCUCUCGGUGUUCCACCAGCGGCGGAGAAAUUUCCGGUGAAACCCAUUUGCCUCGAAGCCCAGAGAGAUCUCAGCAAGAGAAGGAUGGAUUUUAUCGAGGUUUCAAGUCGAUUUUCAGUGAUAGUUCAAUCUCCCGUCUUAGUAACGAGUCAACUUAGAAGUCCUGCCGCAAGACCGAUUUAUCAUCUGCGUUUUGCUGCUUCAGGCUCAGCAAAGUCAACUAUGGUAUGUUCCUGCACUGUCGAUGCAAAGCCGGUUAGUGGGGAAGUAUUUUCGGUCACUUCAUCAAGCAAGUCAGAUGUUGAUUAUCUUGGAGAGAGCACGAAAGGGAACUUAAAUGUUACGAAGGAACACUUAGAGGCUUUUGGUAUUGAUGGCCGAGCAACCUUAGAGGGUCCCAUUGAGGAGAUAGCCAGGGUGGAGGCAAAAGAAGCUGAGGAUCUGCUUAGUAACUUAGGAAUCAUGGAUCCCUUCUCAUCAAGACAUUCUCCUCGUGGCAUAUUUUGUAGCCGAACGCUUAAUCUUCGGUCAAUCAGUGCUAUUGGAUAUGACAUGGACUAUACUUUAAUACAUUAUAAUGUGAUGGCUUGGGAGGGUCGGGCUUACGACUACUGUAUGGACAACUUAAGCAGUAUGGGUUUCCCAGUUGAUGGACUUGAAUUCGACCCCAACUUGGUCAUUAGAGGCCUGGUAAUGGACAAAGAGAGAGGCAACUUGGUUAAGGCUGAUCGAUUUGGUUAUGUGAAGAGGGCUAUGCAUGGGACCAGAAUGCUAUCCACUCGAGCUGUCAGUGAAAUAUAUGGUAGGGAACUGGUGGAUCUGCGGAAGGAGGGCAGAUGGGAAUUCCUUAACACAUUUUUUUCUGUUUCAGAAGCAGUUGCAUAUAUGCAGAUGGUUGACAGAUUGGAUGCAGGAGCUAUACUACCAGAACUUGGUCCACUUGAUUAUAAAGGACUUUACAAGGCCGUUGGGAAGGCCCUCUUUAGAGCACAUGUAGAGGGUCAGCUUAAGAGUGAGAUAAUGUCUGAGCCUGAACGAUUUGUAGAGCCUGAUCCAGAGCUUCCUUUGGCACUUCUAGAUCAGAAGGAGGCUGGUAAGCGGCUGCUACUUAUCACCAACUCAGACUAUCAUUAUACAGACAAGAUGAUGCAACAUGCCUUUAAUAGAUUCCUCCCCAAUGAUAUGGGUUGGCGAGAUCUUUUUGACAUGGUCAUAGUCUCAGCAAGGAAGCCAGAGUUCUUCCAAAUGUCACACCCAAUGUAUGAGGUUGUCACUAGUGAAGGUUUAAUGCGCCCAUGCUUCAAGGCCCGCCCUGGGGCCUUGUAUUCUGGGGGAAGUGCUCAGAUGGUUGAGAGUUCCCUCAAUAUUCAUGGAGAUGAAAUAUUAUAUGUUGGUGACCAUAUUUAUACAGACGUGAGUCAAUCAAAGGUCCAUCUACGAUGGCGAACUGCACUGAUUUGCCGGGAACUGGAAAAAGAGUACCAUGCUAUGAUUCGUAGUCGGGAUCAUCGAGUAGCACUUAUUGAGCUUAUAAAUCAAAAGGAGGUUGUAGGGGAUCUUUUUAAUCAGCUUCGCCUUGCUUCACAACGCCGGACAAAAGGACGCCCUGCUCAGACUCUUGCUGCAACUAAUAUGGAUGAUCAGGAGUUGACAGAAAGCAUGCAAAAACUGCUUAUUGUAAUGCAACGUCUGGAUGAUAAAAUUGCUCCCAUGUUAGAAGCAGAUGGAGAGUACUUCAAUGAGAGGUGGGGUUUUCUCUCACGUGCUGGUUUGUGGGAUAAAAGUCACUUGAUGAGACAAAUUGAGAAAUAUGCGGAUAUAUACACCUCUAGAGUUUCGAAUUUCCUACAUUAUACACCAUUCAUGUAUUUCCGCUCUCAGGAACAGAUGCUUGCACAUGAUUCAUAUUACUACUAUCCUCCACAUCUAAACGGAUUUGUAGUUGAUAGUCUGAGCAAAUCUCCUCAAGAAUUAUAGAUUUGGAGUACGCAAGUGGUAGUGGUGAUGAUUAUGACAUUGAAUUGAAUGCCAUAUUGAUCACUUGUGAAGGGCACUUGGAAACAUUUUAUCCAUAUUGUACAUAUUCUUAUUGUAUAUGUGGCUUACUUUGUAGGUGGCAUUUCUUAUGCUGCAUUUUAUUGUUUGCAUAGAAUCUAUGGCAUUUCUUAUGCUGCAUUUUAUCGUCCUUGGAUCCCUUUCAUGAUGACCACUCAUGAACUGUCUAGGUUGGAUGUGUAUCAGAUUCCUACACCAGGAAUUCUUGAUGGGCACGUAAACACUUUCCUUCAUCUAGUUGCUUAUUUAAGCAUAAAUGAAUAGCUAUGCAUACGGAUCAAUGUUUUUUA